GAUGAUUGAUGAUUUCUUCUCUCUCUCGUCUCGUUAGUGACCCUCACGAUCUCUCAUUCUCUCUCAUAUAACUCGGAUCACCACAUGACUCCAUCUCUUCUUUGCCGUUACCAAAACCAAAAUCCCUAAAAAAAUUCCACUUUUCAUUUUCAUUUUCCCCCUUCCUCCUCCUAAAGACGAGACCUUUUUUUUGUUUUUUUGUGCCAAAACUCAAAUCUUUUUGAGAGGGCUUAGGGGGUGCGGAGCUGAUUGAUGUCUUUGGUAUCUGGAGCCAGGGACAUGGGGUUGGACGAAAACAAGAACAAGAACAACAACAACAACAACAACAAGGAAGGUGGAGAUGAUGAAAACACCUCCAGAACCGACGACGAGGCUGUUGGAUCUUUGGGAAGACAGAUGAGCGAAGCUUCUCUUUGUGCUGCCGAGGAAGAAGAAGACGAUGAUUCCAAAUUGCAAUUGGGUCCUCAGUACACUAUCAAAGAACAUCUCGAGAAGGAUAAGGAUGAUGAGAGUCUGAGGAAAUGGAAGGAACAGCUUCUUGGAAGUGUUGAUGUCACCAACAUUGGAGAGACUCUUGAUCCGGAAGUGAGGAUUCUUAGCCUUGCCAUCUUGUCUCCCGGAAAGCCCGAUAUUGUUCUGUUGGUUCCGGAGAAUGGAAAUCCAAAGGGCAUGUGGUUUACUUUGAAAGAAGGGAGCAAGUACAACCUCAAAUUCACAUUUCAAGUUAACAACAAUAUUGUUUCUGGUCUUAGGUACACCAAUACAGUUUGGAAGACCGGUGUUAAAGUGGACAGAACUAAGGAAAUGCUUGGAACCUUUAGUCCUCAGUCGGAGCCAUACAACCACGUGAUGCCAGAAGAGACCACUCCUUCUGGCAUGUUUGCUCGAGGAUCAUAUUCUGCAAGAACUAAGUUUCUUGAUGAUGAUAAUAAGUGCUACUUGGAGAUCAACUACAGCUUUGACAUCCGUAAAGAAUGGCCUGCGGUUUGAAAUUUCGUGGAACGCGAGUUGCCUCCUGAUAUGUGUUGUCAGUAGAAGAAAGUUGUGUUUGUUUCACUCCCUAUCUAUCGUUUUUUUCGUUGAACAUAUAAAAUGUGAAAUCGUUUUUUCUGAUCAUCGUAGAACAAGAACGGCGGCAUUUACUUCCUUCAUUUUGAUCUUGAUUUUUUUUUUUUUUUUUUGUGUCCUGUAAUGUCGUUGGAAAUCAGUAUGUAUGUGUUUGUUCUCAACUCUGUUUCUCCUUCCACUUAACAUAUGUUUGAUGAUAUGAUUGUGUUAGAUC